UGAUAAUGAUACGAAGGAUGGGUUUCAUCAGAAAGUUUGGUGCAAGAAAGCAUGCAACUUUCCCAAUAAGCUGGUGAUGUUCCAGCAUCCACCGAAACUCAGAUGGCUACAAAUCUCCAACCCCUAGUCCCAUAUAUAACACACACUAUACACACUCUUCACUUCACUUCACUUCAACUUUAACUUCUUUUAAGUUAUUUACACUCAUUAUGGAAACCCCUAGAAUAAAAACUUCUCACAAGUAUGUGAAGAAUACUUCUUACAGCAGUGAUGCUGUUCGUUCACCAACAAGACCUGUGAAAUCUGACCCCUCUUCGCUUCCCAUCAAAACAAAAACUUCGGUUAUCACAACAAAGACAUCAAUAAAAGAAAAUAUGAAGCCUGAGUAUGUCAAGUUCCAAACACUAGCGAAAGAAAACACCAAAUCUAUGGAAGUCAAACUCCAAACGAAGGAAAGAGCAGUCAAACGUGCUUUCUUUAACUACUCGAUUGCAACCAAGCUCUAUCUUAUGGAGCAACAAAAGAGGCAAAUAGAGAAGAUACAGAAGAUGAUCGAGGAAGAAGAGGUUCGAAUGUUAAGAAAGGAGAUGAUCCCUCGAGCUCAGUUGAUGCCUCUAUUUGAUCGACCUUUCUUUCCACGAAGAUCUACAACUCCUACAAAAGCUGCGAAAAAGUCAACUUCUCAAGAAACGCAUAGAAACAGCUUCUCAUGUGCGCAAGAAUUCUACAAUUUCAGAGAAAACGAAGCGCGUUGAUCACCACCAUCAAUCAUUGAUCGUGUAGGAUAGUACAACUCCAGCCCAUGUCUGUUGAGCUGCUUGCAAUUGAUGAGAUGUUUUGACUUUAUCGAAGAGUGGUAUUUUAAUUUGUGAACAGAAAGUAGAUAAAGAUGGAUUUUGUUGAAUAAGAUCUGAAGCGGCCACUAGAAUAAAGUGUUAGUUUGUGGGCUGAUUUUUUUUCCGAACAGCAAUUCAUCCAAGGUUGAAGCUGAUGAGGUUCGAACUUGGGCAACUUGUUUUUUUUGAAUGCUUAAAUCCCAAACGAUCACUGUUAGGUCACCUCGAUGAUUGUUAUUGGUUUGGUUUCUUUUAUGUUAUCAUGUACUGAUUGAUCAUGAAUGGAAAGUUAUGGAUUUUUUAUUUCUCA